AUUCUUGCCUGCGCCUGCGCCAAACCCGGUGCUCCCGUUCCCUUUCAGCUCGUGCUCUCGUUCGGCUCGGCUCAACUCGGUUCAACUCGGUUCAAUUCGGCUCGGCUCGGCUCGGCUCGUUCCGCUCCGCUCGGCUCGGCUCGGCUCGGCUCGGCUCGGCUCGCUCCGCUCGGCUCGAGGCCCGGCCUGGCCCUGCCCUGCCCUGCUCAGUGUCGGGCUGAGCGGCGGCCGCUGCGGCACCAAGACGAUGAGGUUCUUGCUGCUCCUUCUCAUGGCCGCGGCGGCGCUGCGGGGCGAGGCCUCGGCCGAUACGGGCGGCGUGCCGGGCAAGCGGCUCAAGAUGCAGUACGCCACGGGGCCGCUGCUCAAGUUCCAAAUCUGUGUUUCCUGAGGCUAUAGGCGGGUGUUUGAGGAGUACAUGCGGGUUAUUAGCCAGCGGUACCCAGACAUCCGCAUAGAAGGAGAGAAUUACCUCCCUCAACCAAUAUAUAGACACAUAGCAUCUUUCCUGUCAGUCUUCAAACUAGUAUUAAUAGGCUUAAUAAUUGUUGGCAAGGACCCUUUUGCUUUCUUUGGCAUGCAGGCUCCAAGUAUCUGGCAGUGGGGCCAAGAAAAUAAGGUCUAUGCGUGUAUGAUGGUUUUCUUCCUAAGUAACAUGAUUGAGAACCAGUGUAUGUCAACAGGUGCAUUUGAGAUAACGCUAAAUGAUGUACCAGUAUGGUCAAAGCUGGAAUCUGGUCACCUCCCAUCCAUGCAGCAGCUCGUUCAGAUUCUUGACAACGAAAUGAAGCUCAAUGUGCAUAUGGAUUCAAUCCCACAUCAUUGAUCAUAGCCCCAUCUUUCAGCCCUGAAAACUCUUUUGCAUUAAUGGAUUUUUUCGGGAACAACGUGGUUGGCACCAAUGAAGGCCUGUACUGAAGACAGCAAGCUGUUAGUGCAGACCAGAUGCUUAAUUUGCAGCCCCGUUGAACUUGGAAAACCUCAAUGCAAGACAGUCUUUCAGGGUUGGCAUGUUUUGGAAUACUGCACAUUCAUGGAGUGCAAUAAUACUGUAUAGUUAUAUUUUUUUUAAAGGGUUAAUUCAGCCAGUUAAUUGUUUUAAAAUGCAGGCAUUACUACUUGUAACUUUAUUUCUUAGUCAUGUUUGGGUGGGGGAAGUGGCAAAUUGCGUUAAUAUCUGAUUUUUUUCCUUGAAAGAUGUCUGUUACAUCUGUUGUGAUUUUAUAUGAAUUUAUGUUCUUUUUGUAGUUUAAAAUGGAUAUUUGGGAAAAUAGCUGACAUUCCCAAGUACUUUACAAAAGUCUGUCAAACAUCUCUAAUUUGGUUAUGUCCUGUUUGUAUGGUUUUCAAAAUAUUGCAAAUUGUGAACAGUGCAUUAUACUAGAUUAUGAAAAAAAAUAUAUAUAUAUCCUGACUACAACACCAUUUUUGUGAUUACAAGAGAACUACUAAAAGACCCACCGCUUUUUAAAUCCUAUUGUCUAGCUCAAGUGUCUUGCCUUGACCAGUCUAAUGAAUUGAUUAACUGGGCCUUUAUACUUAUCCUAAAUAUAAAACUAAGCAAAUUUAAGUUAAAUAAAAAGUUUUCAUUUCCUGUGUAAUGUGCCUUUAAACAUUAUAUUUAAUAACUGCCUACCUAAAUCUUUAUUUUUCUUUGCUUAAAGAAAAUCUGAGAAUGCACAAUCGAGUUGUCCAAGAUACCUCAGGUUUUCUAUUAGGUGAAGUGCUUAUCUUGUUCAGAAUCCUUUACAGUUUGGCUACUGGGACUAUCCAUUUACCUAAUAGGGUAGUAAGCAUGUUGUAUCAGGCUUUUACUAGAUUCCCUUAGUUUGUUGUAGGAAUAAAAUCUGAUCUAUAGUCUGUUUGAAUACAUGUGAAAACAAACCAAAUUAUAAGAGGAUUCUCCUGUUAGUUUCCUCUCAAGGAAUUCUAAUGUUCCACUUUAAUUACAGAUUAGAUUUCUAUUUUUAUACUUAAAUAGUGAUGGCAAUUAUUUGUUAGAUUAAUGAAAAACUGUCCUUUGGUGAGAAGUACAUUGAUGUAGUGACCAAAUUUAGAUCCUGUAGAGAAAAGUAGGAUGAAAAAUGUUAAAGCAGAUUUUUGAAAUUCAAAUUUAACGUCUACUUUUAAUGGGCAUGAAUUUUGCUAAUGAAAACAGUUCUUUUAGCAAAUGAUUAGCCUUGACAAUAGAAGUAUAAGAACUUAUAGUUAAUGAAUUUGCUCAUUUUUCUUUUCUGCUUUGGCCUUUUGCUGGUUUUGGCCUUUUACUGAUAAAGUUUCAACACUUAUUAAAAGUAAUUUAUCAGAUUGCCAAAGAAUAAAAAUUAGCUUGGUGAUUUAGAUGUUGAAUAUGACAGCAGUAAUCCAGUGAACAAAACCAUUGGCCUACUCCAAUUUUAUGAAGUAGAAAAAUGGAGAAAAUGAUUCAGAGGUUACCAUCAUUAAUAGGUAGUUAUUGAGAGUCUACCAUGUACAGUGUAUCAGAUAGCUAUCGUCCUUAUUCUGGAGUUGUUUGUAAUUUUGGUGGAGGGAGAAAGAUUUAUAUAUAGGAAAUGCCAUCUGCGACGUCUUCUUUUAGCUAAGUAACAAAUAUGGCAGACUGUAGAGGAUAUGGAAGCAGUCAGGAGUGCUUCCAUGGUGUUCUGUGGAUGGACAUGCAGGCUCAUAGAUUUAGAGUUGAAAGGGACAACAAAGACCCCUCCUUAUUUUACAGUUUGAGAAACUGAGACUGAGAGAUACUGAAUUCACACAGAUUCUAGUCAGUAGCAUCUUCAGGAUGCAAAAUUCCCUAGGAAGCUGAUGGGGGUAGAGAGGUCUGCCCGUAGAGUCAGGAAAAACAGUGGAAAUCACAGCCCUGAUAUAGUCUAGCUGUGAGACUGAGCCAGGACACGAACCUCUUUGAACUUCAGUUUCCUCAUCUGUAAAAUGGGGAUAAUAGUGAUAGUACCUACCUCACAGGGUUGUUGUGAGGCUUAAGUAAGAUAAGUUCUGCAAAGUACUUAUAUAAACAUCAUUUGUCUCUCAAA